AUGGUGAUUUCUUGGAUAUUAGGGUCUGUGUCUGAGUUGAUCAAACAAUCUGUCAUGUUUGUUCAAGAUUCAGCUGAAAUCUGGAGGCAACUUGAACAAAGAUACUAUGUUGCUAAUAGUGCUAGGAAGUACCAGUUAAGUAAAGCUAUGUAUGAAACAAAACAACAAGGGAGGAUGAUAGAUGAGUACUAUACAGAAUUAAAGUGUGUGUGGGAAGAGCCAGAAGCUCUUAGAGACCUACCAGCCUUAACAGCUCUAAAUGCAGAAGUGAUGAGAUUUGUUGAUGCUGUAAGGAAAGAUGAAGAAGAGCAGAAACUUUUUCAGUUUCUCAAUGGGAUGGAUGAAGUAUACACACCUCAAAGGAGUCAACUUCUCAUGUUAACUCCUCUGCCUAGUGUUGACAUGGCUUAUCGGAUGCUUCAACAAGAAGAGACACAAAAGCAAAUUCUGAAGCCUACAGAAGAAAUUGAAGUGUUUGAUAUGCUAGGGAAGAAAGAUCAAGGAAAGUUUGGAGAUAAGUGGCAGAAAGGGAAGCAAAAGAUCAGUGCAAAUGCUUGCAACAAGAGUGAUGGCACUGGGGAGAUAAGUGCUCAUCAACUAGAGCAACUGCUCAAACUUCUCCCUUUGCCCUUAAAGAGUGGUGAUGAAGAAUCUGAAGAUGAAAUGGAGGUGAACUUUGCUGAAGUUGUGAAGUUUAACAUGGUUGAAAGUGCUACAAAAAAGCUGGAUAAUUGA